UGAAAAGGUGGGCAAAGUAUUGGCGACUCUUUGUUGGGAGAAUAGAGAGAGAGAGAUAGACAGAGAUGAUAGCAGUGACGUUCUCUCUCCUAAAGGUCCUCCGCACUGUUACCCAUCUUCCCCGUGCUCCGAGCCUCUUUCGGUCGCGAACGAACCGGUCUUUCCAGCGACAAAGCUUCGGUGAUUUCAAAACCUAUGCAUCAACAGUCGUUAUCUCUUGUUCCAGCCGACAAUCUCUGAGCAGCAGAGUAACAAUGCACUGCUUGCUCAAUCUUAUGGGUUGUUCCGCUCUGACAAAGAAGAGCAUUACUCAGAAAUGAAUUCAGCCUGACUUCAAACUACAACCACCAGUACAACAUGGCCUCACAUCCGUCGAUUAAGGCUGGUCCGUUACAGUCAACGCCAAUGCCCCUCAUCCCUGACGAUUCGAACCCUGUGUCGCACCAUAUCUUUUCAGCUCCACCAGAACGUCUCGUCACGAGAAGCACCCCAACUUCCACUGUUCACAGCCGCGAAACGUCUACGGUGAGGGGCCUUGAUUCUGCUUCCUUGUCCUCUUCGAGUCUACAGCCUCAGAACAACCGCCGCGGUGCCUCCCAUUCGAAAAGUCCCGAGCCAAUCGCUGGACGACCUGGUUUCGGAUAUGAUGGUGGUCUCGAGAGGAGGCCGUCAAACUCCUAUGGUCACCAUCGUCAAACCUCCAUUGUACACGGGAUCCAGCACUCCCGCAACCCAAGUUUUGCUGCCUCAACAGCGUCCAGCAGUCCGCUGAGUUCCGAACUGAUCGCAUCCCUGGGUCGAAGUGGCGCGGUCGAGCCGGAAGGUACCGGGUCAAGCCGAUCAGAACAGCCCAGUAUGCAUUCAACCUUCCAGUACCAGGGCAGCAACGGGGCAAGCAUUCAUACACAGGGAAUACUGAGUACAAUAGACGAUCGAGAUGGGGACGACGUCGCUAACGGCAGUCUGGCCAUUGCGACUCAUAAACGCAUGAAUUCCAAUGGAAAGCCCAAACAGGAACGAUCCCAUAGCCGUUCACACUCAAGACCUCACCCUGAUAUAAAAUCUACAGAGGAAUAUGCACUUCAUCACCUUUUCAAUGCUUUUAUCGGACAAGCCGAACACAAGAUCAACCAAGCUAUCAUGAAACUCGGUGAAUCUGACGCGCCAGUCGAAGAGGUAUGCGGGCCGGGUGCAGACGCAAGCUUCGACCAAUUGAUAUCAGCUCUGGGUUACAUUGCACGGCGAAAUCCGAAGCCCCUGAUUGACACCAUCAUGUACUGGAGGAAGGCGAUAGGUGAUGCGGCUAUCGUGGCGAAACAGGUUGCUGGUCAGCCCAAGCCAUCUGCUGCUGAUAAUGGGAUUCUCAUCCGGCGCAACACUGAGCCACCUCAGAUCAUUACUGAGUCAGCUACCCCGUCCGACUCAAAUUCCCCUCCCCGGACGCUGCUGUCUAGGCACGAUGAAGUCAUCAUGGCAGAGAGGCGAGCGACAGUGUCGGUCUACCUGGUUUGCAGAAUCCUGAUUGAGAUCUUCAAUCAAAGUAGCCUUGCUUCAAUUACUUUGGACAUGGUGGAUCGCCUGGAGGACAUUGUCUUCGGUCAGUUGAAGGCCGUUGAUCCUGAUCAGAUAUCGGCAUCAUCCCUUCGCAUGGCCAAUUGGAGGAUUUACUCACAACUUCUCGGUAUCAUGAGCGAGACCAGCUUUGCGGGCGUUGCAAACAGAUUUCUGCAAGAGCUGGAUAAAUAUCAAAAGGACGAAACGCUACGCGGGCCUUCGAAAGAGGGCGAUGCCAAGGCCGAGCUUCUGAUCUUGGGAAUGAGGCACGUUCGUAUCAGAACACAUCCUGAGAUCUGGGGUAAAUGCUGUGAAUUCAUGCUGUCCCUUGCGCGCUUAUUUGCGAACGCUCACGGGCCGCGCGUCAAGCAGGCAUACUGCUACAUACUCGAAAAGCUACUACUUCCAGUAGCAGCAAGCACUACCUGCGACCUUACUCUCCCUAAAUGGAAGGAAUUCGUUGACUUGGUUCAGUCUCGUCUAUCGCAGAUGCUGACCAAGCCACGUCAUUGGGCUGCAGCAUUCCCCCUCCACGUGCUCUUACUAUGUGUUUCAACUAAAGAGAAUUUUUCUUCGCAAUGGCUUUCGGUGAUACAGAGCCUCCCAUCGAGGCUGAAAGAUCGUCCUACCCGGGGAACAGCUCUUCAGGCAAUGUGCCGCCUGCUUUGGACGUUCUUCUUCCGUUACUCGGAGUCACCAACGGCCACUCUGCGUAAAGUCGAAGAAGUGGCCAGAAUAGCCUUACCUCCAGGGAAAAGGACGUAUCUGAGUACGGAGCCAGCAGUCUCGGAUCCUCUGGUUCAGUUGGUACGGAUGAUUGGGUUCAAGCACCCUGAUGUGUGCUUCCGUAGCAUAAUCUUCCCUAUGAUCAACUCGGACCUCUUCCUUUCAGGUAAAGAGCUCAAAAUUGAGCAGAUGGAGCCUGAGAAAAUGGUCAUUGGCAUCAGGACAUUCCUUGCCAUCAUGACAGACCUAGAGAAUCGCGAUCAACUAUGCCCCCCAUUUCCCACGGGAUCGAUUCCCAAUCCCUUCACCGACAUCUCUGCUCCAACUCAUUUCCAUCGUCCACAUUUGCUUGCUGAUCCUCGACCGCCCAAUGCAUCGGAGAAUCGUGAUAGCGCCUUGUCGCGACCUGUCAGCACGGCAAGACUUAGCGACAAUGUCAGGGAAUACUACCUUCGAUUCUGUGAUAUUCUUGGCAAGAUUACCAUUCUAUGUGACAACACAUUUGGUGGCCAGGCGGCUCUGGAUGAAAAGUUCGGAGGCACGACACCGAAGACUCCGAUCUCGGAAGCUUUCAGCUUUGGUCGACGAGACGAUCACCUUACCACCCUAGAUCAAAAACAGGGUUUCUAUGACCUACUUCAUGUUGCUGUGCAGGCGCUACCUCGGUGCCUAUCUGACCGCAUUCCCUUCAAUUCCUUGAUCAAUUUGCUCUGCACCGGAACAGCACACGUUCAGUCGAACAUAGCCGUCUCGUCUGCUGAAUCGCUGAAAGCCAUCGCGCGUCAGUCCCACGCCCAGCAGGUCACGAUCGGCUUUGCUAGGUUCAUCUUCAACUUCGAUGCGAGAUACUCGACCAUGUCCGAUGAAGGCAUGCUAGGGCCAGGUCAUAUCGAAUCUACACUGAGGCUCUAUGUCGAACUGCUGAGAAUUUGGAUCGAGGAGAUAAAGCAGAAGUCAAAGGGUGCCGCUGCAGAAUCAAACGACAAGACCGGGUCAGGAAGCCGAGCUCUACAGUUGGAUCUCUCCAGCGUUCUGGCUCAUGUUGAGGAGAUUGAGUCCCAUGGGCUAUUUUUCCUUUGUUCUCAAUCUCGGCGAGUUCGUGCCUUUGCCAUUACAGUUCUUCGUCUCAUCACGGAAUUUGAUAGCGCCCUUGGCAAAGAGAAUACUCGAAUCAUACGGAUCCUAGAAGCUGACUCACACCGAAUCCUGGAUGUCAAUAGUGAAUCACUGACUGUGGCUGAGCUGAGCAGGAUCCAGAAAAGCAAGCGGAGAAGUGCUGCUCAACAAGUCGUGAUAGAUAUGUGUAGCAGCGAGGUUUCUUAUGACUCGACACUAUGGUCAAAAGUGUUCCCAAACAUCAUCCGAAUUAGCUUCGAGACCUGUCCUUUCGCAGUGACAUUGGGACGUGAGAUCGUGUGUGCCAGACUUGUCCUUAUGCACAAAGCAAUCACAUACUAUGCCGAAGGACCAUCACAUCAAUACGGCCCGAUGGAAGCUGCUCAAGCUCGUAUACUGGGGCGGGGCAACCUGUCUGCCGAAAUUGUGAUUGAGCAAUGGAAACUGUACUUGGUCAUGGCAUGCACCACACUAAACAGUGUUGGUGCGCAGUCACAAAGCCAGUUGGCAAACGCUCAACAUGCACGCAAAGGAUCAAAGGGGUCACAGCAGUCUCAAGAUAAGAUCAGCUCGGCUCGGAGUCUUUUUGCGUUUGUAAUCCCGUUGUUGUCGGCCGAGCGCCCUACCAUACGAAAUGCUAUAGUGGUCGCCCUUGGAUCUAUCAACAAGAAUCUUUACCGCACCCUUCUCGAAUCGCUGCAGUACGCAGUCACAACUUGCAAUGAAGAAGCCAAGAUUCGAAUCGGCACACAUUAUCGCUCCCCGAGCAGCCCGCGAAGAAAUCGCAAGACGGAUCGACUGCGGACGGAAGUCACAUAUGUGUACAAGCUAACGUCGCAUUUUCUACAAGAAUCGGAUAUUUACAGUGACGACUGGAUCGUCAACAACCUUGUCACCUAUGCGAAAGAUCUUCGGAUAUUCUUGAGUGAUGCCGAAGUCCAGAAUGACUGGGAAUUCCAGCGCCUCAGGUUUCACUAUUGUGGUCUCAUGGAGCAACUCUUCGAAGGUAUCAAUCGAACCAGCGAUCCCUCUCGGUGGAUACCGUUUGAAUCCAGAAAGUCCGCAUUCUCUCUCAUGGAAGAUUGGUGCGGGUAUUCGCCCAAUCAGUCCCAGAUUUCGCAGAGAGAGGAGAACAUGCGGAAAUAUGCUCCUUCGCAGAACAAUGAAUCUGGGGCUGCCAUGGAAAUUGAAAAGAGGAACCUGCGCGCAGCAGCUUUGAGUGCCAUGGCAUCCUUGUGUGCUGGGCCAAUUAGCAUCACAACGGAGAGUGGUUCGGUGCUGCAGUUCGAUGUAGGCCGCAUGCUAUCUUGGAUUGAUAUAAUUUUCACGACUUCAAUCAGCGACAAAUGGCAUGCCAUCGGUAGACGUGCUCUCAAAAAUCUGAUUGUCCACAACAAGGAGCAUAAUUACUUGUUAGAGCGCUCCAUCGAGAUGUGCUAUGUUGCGGAGAGACCCAAAGCGCUAGAAAGCUACUUUGAAGUCGUCACACAAGUACUUAUUGAGCACACAGACUUCCCCCUCAAUUUCUGGCGGAUUCUAGGUGCUGUCCUUGUCACACUUGGAAAUCAAAAGAGAGAGAUCAGAAUGAAGUCCGCCAAACUUCUUCGCAUUUUGGAGGAACGGCAGCAGAAAAGCUCCAGACUGCAGGAUUUCUACAUCAGCAUCUCUGACAAGACGACCGCCGUGUACAAACUCGCCCAAUUUGAAACGUCCAAGCGACUUGCGAUGCAACACUCUGACCUAGCUUUUCCCCUGUUCUCCGAGCUAUCAUUGCAUUUCAAGAAUCUGAGGCCAGACAGCCAACGGAACAUGGUGGCUGCCAUCCUUCCAUGGGUCCAGACAAUGGAACUCCAAGUUGAUCCAAAUGGCGGGCCGACAGCCAAGUCCUACAUGCUUCUGGCCAACCUUUUUGAGAUCACGAUUCGUUGCAGUACCACACUUCCAAAUGAAGUGCAAGCCCUCUGGCAAGCUUUGGCUACGGGACCGCAUGGAGGAAACGUGCAACUGGUCCUGGACUUUAUUAUCAACCUCUGCUUGGAACGCAAAGAACAGAACUUUGUUGAGUACGCAAAACAAGUGGUUGUGUUCUUGUCAGGAACCCCUGCCGGCUCGAAGGUGAUCGAGUUCUUCUUGAUGCAGGUUGUUCCCAAGCAUAUGGUGCAAGAGAGGAAGGAGAUUACACCAGCUCCGGCCGACAUCAAGAGCCUGCCGUAUGUUGCUGAUCUCAAUACGGUACUUCCACUAGGAAACAAACAGGCCGGGCUUUCUUUGGGUCAAGUAUCCUUGGUAUUGCUUGUUGAUCUCAUGGUUGCUGCUAUCACUCCGGCACUGGAAGAUGUAGUCAAGUUGCUCCACGUUGCUCUCAUUCUAUGGGAUCAUUACAUUGUUACUGUCCAAGAAGAGGCUAGAGAAAUGUUGGUUCACUUGAUCCAUGAGCUGGUCGCUGCCAAGACAGAAGACGAUGCCCCUGCUGGCACUAGGGAGUCUAUCGAGGACUUUGUGGAGAUGAUCCGCAAGAGUGACCCCAAGGUUGUCUGGGAAUAUGAGGACAACAGUGACAAAGACGAUGCUGAUGACGGCCGCCGUGUUCCCACGUCAAUGUCUGAUGUUACCCAUAAAGUCGUCGGCUUUUUCAACCUUGCAUAUGAGGGCAUCAAUGAUCUUUGGGCCAAAGAAGCUCUGAAUUGGGCGACAUCGUGCCCUGUCCGACAUCUAGCCUGUCGAUCUUUCCAGGUAUUCCGUUGCAUAUCCAUGUCACUCGACUCCAGGAUGCUAGCCGACAUGCUCGCUCGCCUGUCUAAUACAAUUGCAGAUGAGGAGUCGGAUUAUCGGACAUUCUCAAUGGAAAUUCUGACAACACUGAAGAUCAUUAUCGGGUCCUUGGCUCCUGCGGAUCUUUUGCGCUAUCCACAGCUGUUCUGGACGACGUGUGCUUGUUUGAACACGAUCCACGAAACAGAAUUCGUUGAAAGCAUCGGUAUGCUAGAGAAGUUCUUGGAUCGUCUGAAUAUGGGCGAUCCCAUCGUAGUUGCAGAGCUCAUCAAAGGCCAGCCCCCCAAGUGGGAGGGCGGUUUCGGUGGUCUCCAGGAUCUGGUUUAUAAAGGAUUGAAGUCAAGCGAGUCUCUGAACCUCACGUUAGACGUUCUACAUCGUCUGAGCGGCCUUCCAAACAACGAUCUCAUCGGAGAUAGCGACAGGCUCCUUCUCACAGUACUGGCGAAUCUGCCCCACUUUCUCCAUCAGUUCGACUCGAAUAUUGACAACCCCAAGACGUUGGCACGGGCUACUUUGCUUGCGCGCGUUGCUGAGAGCGAAGGUUGUCCACGUAUUGCAGCCUCUCUGCUUGGGUUUGCGAACGGACAGUAUAAGGCGGAGAACGAUUUCUUGAGCCACAUCAUCACCGAGCUGCGCUCCUACUAUUUCCCUCGACUGGAUGUUCCGAGCUUAAUCUUCCUCAUGGGACUACUGACAAAUACCACUAAAUGGUUCCGCGUCAAGGUCAUGAAGAUACUCUGUGUCCUGAUACCGGAGAUUGAUAUGCGACGAGAGGAAGUGACGAGCCAUGGCCCUGACCUUAUCUCACCAUUACUGCGGCUGCUGCAGACUGACCUGUGUCCUCAGGCUCUGCAAGUCAUGGACCACAUUAUGACAGUAUCGGCCAACCCAAUGGAACGCCAUCACCUUCGAAUGAGCAUGGCCUCGGCUUCAUCGUCACGGGCCGUUCGAAAAGAAUACGAACGUAUUCAAAGUCUUUAUGGAAUACCCGAACCGACCGGAUGGUCAAUUCCGAUGCCUGCCUCUCAGUCCAAUAUCACUCGUCAGAAUGUUCAUGCGGUGUUCUACACUUGUGCAGAAGUGGACCGCAUGGAGGUGCAAGAAACCGUCAAGCCUGAAGUCGAAUUUCAUGCAGACGAAUACAGUGACUCGUUCUUCCCUAUGCGAGCAGAUACUAUGAAAUCAAUUGACACGCAGACGGACGGCAACAUGGGAGAUAUCGUGCAGAAAUUAGACAGCCUGGACGACUUUUUCGAAGAGGCGGACCCACUUCACCCGGUCUUAGACACCAUCUCAGACCCCGCACUACGUAGCUUUGCUGGUGCAUAUGCUGAUACGAGUGCCAGUCUCUACGAUCAGCAAACGGCGCCGAUUCUGCGCAAAUCUCUUGCCCGGACUGCCUCGGUAUCCUCUUUUCACAAUGGACUUGCGGAGUCCCGGCCGCCAAAUUCACGGUUCGAUAGCGCUGGGGUACAUCCUUCUGGUACAUUCACACCCCCUGCGCCUAGCCAACUUGCACGUCCAGUGUCUCACACUCGGUCCGUGACGUCUCCGGCCAAUCAUUUGCCCUCGCCAUCCUCGUCCAGUGUACAGCAAGCCACGCCUGUCAUUGGCUUUGGCGAGUCUGCGUUUCUUUCGGACGAUGAGAUGGAAGACACGUUCGCUGAUAGCAAGCCAUCUAUACCACAUCCCAUCAACCAGGUGCGAAGCGCUACUGAAGGGUCAUCGUCGCUUGAGUCGAUGAUUCGCAGCGGCAUGAGACGGCUCACUGGUGGCACGGCCCCGAGUCGAGACAAAGAGCGCCAGCGGGAUAUAAUCCGCGCACAACAACGGACACAGGCAAUUAGCUCACCACGCGUGCCUAAAGUCCCCUCUGAAUAUCUGAAUGGCCCAACUAGCAAUCCAGCAUCACCGGGACAGCAAUGAGAUGGCCCCUGCACCUCAGAGUUCUUUGGUGGACGCUCUAUCCUGCGCAGCUUGGCACCCAAUUGAACGGUCAUUGGCAUCAUUUAACGGCGUCUCAACACAUUUUUUUUCAAUUCUCUUCUGGCGUUCAACAUACCCAUUGUCAAUUGCCGUGGUGUCGUACGAGCGGUUUACAUUUUAACCUCCGAUGCACUGCAUCCUCGUUCAGCCUCUGUACAAUAUUUAAUUUAGACAUGAAACAUAACGAGCAUCG